GGGCUCCAUCAGCUCGACCUUUGACCUCUGGUUUCUUUCAGCUAGCCAUGAAGGGCUCCAGCUACAGCGGCCUGCUGGAACGCCACAACAUCCACACCAGCAACGUGGAGCACGUCGUCCAGAGCCUGCAGAGCGCCGGCGUGGAGGUGCGGGUUGUGAGGAGAGGGGAGUACGAUGAGGAGGUGGUCCGGUGGGCCGACGCCAUCGUCUCAGCUGGAGGUGACGGGACGAUGCUGCUGGUGGCCAGUAAGGUUCUGAACAAGGACAAGCCGGUUGUUGGGGUGAACACCGACCCAGAGAGGUCAGAAGGUCACCUGUGUCUGCCGGUGCGCUACACCCACGCCUUCCCAGAGGCUCUGGAGCGGCUCUGCCGUGGUGAGUUCAGGUGGUUGUGGCGCCAGCGGCUCCGGCUGCACCUGGAGGGAACCGGGAUCAACCCGACUCCAGUGGACCUGCAUGAGCAGCAGCUGAGCCUGGAGCAGCACAACCGGGCCCACCGGAUCAGCACCGUGGACCGGCAGCAGAGAGCUGGAGCGCUGCACCCGGCCUAUUCCAAGCCCAGCCUGCUGCCGGUCCGGAGCCUGAACGAGAUCUUCAUCGGGGAAUCUCUGUCCUCCAGGGCCCAGCUAAAAGUCUUCACUCCCCGUCUCUUCCUCCAUAGGGCGUCUUACUACGAGAUCUCAGUGGACGGCGGGCCCUGGGAGAAGCAGAAGAGCUCCGGGCUCAGCGUGUGCACCGGAACCGGCUCCAAGGCCUGGUCGUAUAACAUCAACAAACUGGCUGAACAGUCUGUGGAGGAGGUUCUAAGAAUCGGAGCGUCUCAGGCAGGAGUUGAACUGCCACUCAGCAGGGAGUUCCUAGAGAAAGUAACUGAUGACUACAACGCGUCCCUGGUGUUCGCCCCGGACGAGCCCCGCCUCUUCUACAGCGUCAGGGAGCCAAUCAGCAACCGUGUGUUCUCCAGCAGCCGGCAGAGAGGCUUUGCCAGCAAGGUGUGCGUCCGCUCGCGCUGCUGGGACGCCUGCAUGGUGGUGGACGGCGGCACGUCCUUCGAGUUCAAUGACGGUGCCAUUGCCACGGUAACCGUGAGCGAGGAGGACCGGCUCCGGACCGUCCUGCUAGACCAGUGAGGCGGGUCGGUGACCGCAGGCCUGUUGCCAUGGAGACGGGAUCAGGUUCUGACUCACUAAGCCCAUAAUAAUGUUCUGAUCCAGAGCACAAUGAAGCUGCUGCACCAUGUGACCAGCUCUGCUCUGAUUGGCUCAAACCAAACGUCCAAUCAGAGGACAGAGAUCUAAAACCCAUAAACACACUGGACCAGUUUACCCAGUAACUGAUGCAGACAUCCCAUAAUAAACCAGUUUUAUCUGCACAGCAACGCCACUGCCUCACAGAAUCUGCCUCUGGUUAUUUAACCCGAACCAGAACCAGACCAGAACCGGAACCAGACCAGAACCGGGGAAAGCAGCCAAUGGAGAACUGUUAGGCUAAGCACACCAGAUAAGUAUUCACACCCCAGUACAUUCUGAUCAGGGCCAAAACUUUUAGAUUAAAGACGUUUUAAAACAAAAGUUCCUCCUGGAACCUUUUUCUUCAUGUUUCUGGGAGAGCCGUAAAUCUGACGCACAGCUACAUCCGCUAGCAGCAGCGAUGGAAGCUGCUUCUCUCUUCAGUUAUGUUUCUAAUCAAUCUGAUUGGACGCUGGGAAAGACUGUUGUUGGGCUAAAAGCAGUUAGCCUAGCAGAGAAGCUAUGCUAGCCUAAACUAGCAUCUCAAUGCUAACAUGUAGCAUUUUCAGUCUAACAGUUUGAAUUGACAUGUUGCUUAUUUUGUCCACAGUUUUUGAUUAAAAUGCCUGAAACAUUU